CGUCCCGGCCCGGCCCUCCCCCGGCGCGGCGCGGCAGCACCGGCACGAGGCGGCGGGACAGCGCCACGACACGAGCCUGCGCCGCGAGGGGCCGCCACGGCCAUGGCCAAGACAGAUUUAAAAUUGCUCAUCUGGGCUGGACUGUUGAGUUGCUUGCUCUUGUGUGGAUUUGCCCAGCAAGGUGGAAGUGACUGUAUAAAGAAAAAUGCAAAAUCAUGUGGGGAAUGUAUACAAGCAGGACCAAACUGUGGUUGGUGCAAGAAAACAGACUUUUUACAAGAAGGAGAACCAACUUCUGCUCGAUGUGACGACUUGGCCGCACUAAAGAGUAAAGGUUGCCCUCCAGAUGAUAUAGAAAAUCCCAGAGGUAGCCAAGCAGUGAAUAAAAAUAAAGAAGUAACAAAUCGUAGGAAAGGCACUGCUGAGAAGCUCGACCCAGAAGACAUUACCCAGAUACAGCCACAGCAAUUAGUACUGAAACUGCGAACAGGGGAGCCACAGACAUUUUCAUUAAAAUUUAAGAGAGCUGAAGAUUACCCCAUUGAUCUUUAUUAUCUUAUGGAUCUUUCCUAUUCCAUGAAAGAUGAUUUGGAGAAUGUGAAAAGUCUUGGUACUGCUCUAAUGACAGAAAUGGAGAAAAUAACUUCAGACUUCCGAAUUGGCUUUGGUUCUUUUGUGGAGAAAACUGUGAUGCCCUAUAUAAGUACUACACCAGCCAAACUCAGGAACCCUUGUACAGGUGACCAAAACUGUACAACACCUUUUAGCUACAGAAAUGUGCUUAACCUUACCAGCGAAGGAAAUCGGUUCAAUGAACUUGUAGGUGCACAGCAAAUCUCUGGAAAUUUGGAUUCUCCUGAAGGCGGAUUUGAUGCAAUAAUGCAGGUUGCAGUUUGUGGAAAACAAAUUGGAUGGAGAAAUGUUACACGACUGUUGGUUUUUUCCACGGAUGCUGGAUUCCACUUUGCUGGAGAUGGAAAACUUGGUGGAAUUGUUUUGCCGAAUGAUGGGAGGUGUCAUCUGGAAAAUAAUUUGUACGCAAUGAGCCAUUACUAUGAUUACCCCUCAAUUGCUCACCUGGUACAGAAACUUAGUGAAAAUAAUAUUCAGACAAUUUUUGCCGUGACUGAGGAGUUUCAGGCAGUUUACAAGGAACUGAAAAAUCUGAUCCCAAAGUCAGCUGUAGGAACCCUGUCUGCCAACUCCAGCAAUGUCAUUCAACUGAUUAUUGAUGCAUACAAUUCCUUGUCUUCUGAGGUUAUCUUGGAAAACAGCAAACUACCAAAAGGAGUAACAAUCAAUUAUAAAUCUUAUUGCAAGAAUGGAGUAAAUGGCACAGGAGAAAAUGGAAGGAAGUGUUCUAAUAUUUCAAUUGGAGAUGAGGUUAAAUUUGAGAUAAGUGUAACAGCUAAUGAGUGUCCAAAGAAAGGGCAAAAUGAAACUAUUAAAAUUAAACCACUGGGUUUUACUGAAGAAGUGGAAAUAAAUCUUCAAUUCAUCUGUGAAUGUCAGUGUCAAAAUGAGGGAGAAGCUAAUAGUCCUGACUGCCAUGAAGGAAACGGGACAUUUGAGUGUGGUGCUUGCAGAUGUAACGAAGGACGUAUUGGAAGACUUUGUGAAUGCAGCACAGAUGAAGUAAAUAGUGAAGAUAUGGAUGCUUACUGUAGAAGAGAGAACAGUACAGAAAUAUGCAGCAAUAAUGGAGAAUGCAUUUGUGGACAGUGUGUGUGCAAGAAAAGGGAAAAUACCAAUGAAGUCUAUUCUGGAAAAUAUUGCGAAUGUGAUAACUUCAACUGUGAUAGAUCAAAUGGCUUGAUUUGUGGAGGAAAUGGCAUCUGCAAAUGUAGAGUGUGCGAGUGUUACCCCAACUACACUGGCAGUGCUUGCGACUGUUCUUUGGAUACAACCACGUGUAUGGCUUCCAAUGGGCAAAUCUGCAAUGGAAGAGGAACUUGUGAAUGCGGAACCUGUAAUUGCACAGAUCCCAAAUUUCAAGGUCCCACAUGUGAGAUGUGUCAGACCUGUCUUGGUGUCUGUGCAGAGCAUAAGGACUGUGUUCAAUGCAGAGCUUUCCAAAAGGGGGAAAAGAAAGAAACAUGUUCUCAGGAGUGUGGAUAUUUCAACAUGACAUUGGUUGAAAGUCGAGACAAAUUGCCACAGCCUAACCAGCCCGAUCCACUAUCUCACUGUAAAGAGAAAGAUGUUGAUGACUGUUGGUUCUACUUCACAUAUUCUGUCAACUCAAACAACGAACCCAUUGUCCACGUAGUGGAGACACCAGAAUGCCCCACUGGUCCUGACAUCAUUCCCAUUGUAGCUGGUGUGGUUGCAGGAAUUGUUCUAAUUGGUCUUGCUUUAUUACUGAUUUGGAAACUACUUAUGAUCAUUCAUGACAGAAGAGAAUUUGCUAAGUUUGAAAAGGAGAAGAUGAAUGCAAAAUGGGACACGGGUGAAAAUCCUAUUUACAAGAGUGCAGUGACAACUGUGGUAAAUCCUAAAUAUGAGGGAAAAUGAACACUGCUUGUAUAACUUCACAACACUGUAUGCAACAUAGCAAUUUUUGUAGUCACAGUUAGGUAGAUAUAGGGCAAUACUGCAGUGAUUUUACUAACUCAUUACAUAUAGGUUUGUUUCCUGUGCAGGUUUUGAAAAUGUAUAAUAUGAAAUUUAUUUUGCAAAUAAAAAAAAUAAUCAGUGCCAGGGGACUGACAAAAUACUUGAGACUGCAUAGCCUAGUCAGCUAAGGUCACAUGGUGCCUUUUUGACCUUUCCCCUCCUGUGCUGUUAAAAUGUAGGCUUCUGUAGGAUGCAUAGAUACUGCUAUAUCAUGACUGAGAGGGAAAUGGUUAAAACAAUCAGUAUGAAGUCUCUGCCUAGCCAUGGAGUAUUAAAAUAAAGUUUUAGCUUUACAGGGACAUCAGGACUUGAGUUUGCAGACACAGUUAAAAUGUAAAAUAAAUAGCUUCUUUUAAUCUCACUUUGUAUUUUUCAAGUUGGUGAAUAACUGGUGGUCUGUUUGGUGGAUGUAUCUGAUUAGAUCUACAGUAAGUUGAAUAAGUUGGAAAUGAAUGAUGUAAAGGAUUGUGGAAAGUAUGUGCAUAACUAUUUUUAAAUUGCCAAGUAACCGCUUAUGGAAGAAUUGAAGGUGUUGCGAAAUUUAGGAAAGGAUAAAAAAAAGCUUUAAAACGUGUCAUUUUUCACAAAGUUGCUGCCUAGUGACUGACUUUUCUUUGUAAAUUCAAGCCCUGGCUUGCAGUACCUUGAGGUACUCAGCCAAGACAUCCUCAAAAUACAUAAGGGCCUUAAUUCAUAUCAUGUCUUUUUUUUGUAACGUUUUGAUUUAAAGCCUGGUGCUUUGUCACCCUUCCUAAUAUUUUAAUGUAUUUAGUUGCAACUUUUGUAAGAUUGUUUUUCUUGACACAAACUUUAUUUCUUUCUCAGUCUUGGCUGUAAAUUUGCCUUUACCCUGUAGCUGAGAUUGCAUAGCUUGUAGUGUGACAUGUCUGUCACAUCUCAGUUUUGACAUGUGCCAUGUAUAUUUGCCUUUGACCAUUCAGAUUGCAUCUGUUCCAGAUUAGUCAUGUUCUUGUUUUAAGUGCCUUUUUUAUUUUAACAGAUGUUCACUUUUUACAGUGCUGUUACUGAAGUUAUUUAUUAAAUAAAAUACCUAAAAACACCUCAAA